AUGUCUGAGCUCUUCACCGUUCCCAUCGCCACCGGCGGCCAGUUCGUCUGCACAACCGCCACCAAGGAGGAAAAAGACCGCAACAUCUACCUGCUCACAUUCACCUCGCCGGCCGAUAACCGGUUGACGCCGGAGUUUCUCGAGGCAUUUUUGACGUCGCUCGAUAUUCUGGAGCAUCGCUUUGACAAGGGCGUUGUCAUCACGACGAGCGGGAUUGAAAAGUUCUUUAGCAAUGGACUGGACUUGGCAAAGGCGUUGUCGAUGGAAGGGUUUUUUGACAAUUGUCUGUAUAAAUUCUUUCGCCGGUUGUUGACAUUCCCCAUGCCGACUGUCGCACUGAUCAAUGGGCAUGCCUUUGCUGGCGGAUUCAUGACGGCCAUGUAUCAUGACUACCGCGUGCAGAACCCCAAGAGAGGUUUCCUCUGUCUGAAUGAGAUCGUGCUUCAGAUUCCUCUGACGACUCCCAUGCGCACUGUCUUCCUUGACAAAGUUAAGGAUGCGCCCACCAUCCGGUCUAUCAUCGUCGAGGGCAAGCGGUUCUCGGCGCAAGAGGCUCUCGGUGCUGGGAUCGUUGACUCGCUCGGUGGGCUGCAGGAGGCUGUCAAGCUCAUCCAUGACAGGAAUUUGUUGGACAUUGGCAAGUCGUCUGCUUUUGUUGCUCUCAAGGAAGGCCUUUGGAGCCGGACGCUAGAGGCCAUCGACAACAAAAAGGCAAACGAAGCCUUUGAUGCGCGCGUACAAGAGUGGAAAGACACAUACUCGACCGAGGCGCAGAAACGAGUUCAACAGUGGGAAGGACAGAAGGGAUCAAAACUAUGA